AGUAACUACUAACAGAAAUCCAAAACAAAUCUUCCACAAUCUACGUAGUCUUCUCCCUUAUAAAAAGGAACCCUUCUUUCUCUAAUAUAUAGUCCUCGAUCCUCUGAUUGAUUUGAUCUCCAAGCAAUUUUAAACUAGCAGUAAUUAUUUAACAAUGGCCAAGUCUAGUAUUAUCAUCCUCGCUUCAGCCCUUUGCUUCUUGUCCUUCAUCAACAACGCUUACAGCGAAGACAAGACAACACUCCAGAUUGAAGGCGUAGUCUUUUGUGACAGCUGCCGCAUCCAGUUCAUCACCAGAAUCAGCGAGCUUAUACAAGGUGCAAAGGUGAAGUUGGAAUGCAAGGACCGCGAAAGUGGUAGCAUAACAUACAGCAAGGAGGCCGAGACCAACGAGCAAGGAAGGUACUCAAUUGAAGUGGAUAGUGACCAUGAGGAGGAGGAUUGCGAGGUCGUCCUGGUGAGCAGCCCCAACGAGGACUGCAACGAGAUUAACCACGACUUACACCAACAGACCAGCGCGAGGAUUAGUCUCACAAAACACAAUGGAAUUGCCGGACCGGUGCGCAUUCCGAACCCUCUUGGCUUCAUGAAGAAGGAAGCUGCUCCUGAGUGCCCUGAGGUGCUCAAGGAGCUUGGACUCACCCCGGAUGGCGACAUCGAAUAAGUUGUUAUCAGUCGAUCAUUUCUUACAUUAUGAAUAAGUGUACAGAUUUAAGCUCCAUGUGAUUUAUGUGUCGUUUACACACUUCGGAUUAUAUUCUUCUGAAGAAAUGAUAAUAAGCUCAUUAUCAAGA